AUGACAUCAUGUUAUCAUUUUGUGGAAAAGUGCUAUAGUGAGCCAAAAGGCCCAUAAGGCAACAACAAACAGGUAGGGAAAAAACAGCUGCUCCAAAAGAAUGUGUUUUUCUCCCAUUCUGGAAAUCAACAUGCAGUCUGAAUCUAACAUUACAGUGCGAGAUGACAUUGAUGACAUCAACACCAAUAUGUACCAACCACUAUCAUAUCCAUUAAGCUUUCAAGUGUCUCUCACCGGAUUUCUUAUGUUAGAAAUUGUGUUGGGACUUGGCAGCAACCUCACCGUAUUGGUACUUUACUGCAUGAAAUCCAACUUAAUCAACUCUGUCAGUAACAUUAUUACAAUGAAUCUUCAUGUACUUGAUGUAAUCAUUUGUGUGGGAUGUAUUCCUCUAACUAUAGUUAUCCUUCUGCUUUCACUGGAGAGUAACACUGCUCUCAUCUGCUGUUUCCAUGAGGCCUGUGUAUCUUUCGCAAGUGUCUCAACAGCAAUCAACGUUUUCGCUAUCACUUUGGACAGAUACGACAUCUCUGUAAAGCCUGCAAACCGAAUUCUGACAAUGGGCAGAGCUGCAAUGCUAAUGAUAUCCAUUUGGAUUUUUUCGUUUUUCUCUUUCCUGAUUCCCUUUAUUGAGGUAAAUUUUUUCAGCCUUCAAAGUGGAAAUACAUGGGAAAACAAGACACUUUUGUGUGUCAGCACAAAUGAAUACUACACAGAACUGGGAAUGUAUUAUCACCUGCUAGUACAGAUUCCAAUAUUCUUUUUCACUGUCAUAGUGAUGUUAAUCACAUACAGCAAAAUACUUCAGGCUCUCAAUAUUCGAAUAGGCACAAGAUUCUCAACAGGGCAGAAGAAGAAAGCAAGAAAGAAAAAGACAAUUUCUCUAACCACACAACAUGAGACUACAGACAUGUCACAAGGCAGUGCUGGGAGAAAUGUAGUCUUUGGUGUUAGAACUUCAGUGUCUGUAAUAAUUGCUCUCCGGCGAGCUAUGAAACGACACCGUGAACGACGAGAAAGGCAAAAAAGAGUCUUCAAAAUGUCUUUAUUGAUUAUUUCUACAUUUCUUCUCUGCUGGACACCAAUUUCUGUUUUAAAUACCACCAUUUUAUGUUUAGGCCCAAGUGACCUUUUAGUAAAAUUAAGGUUGUGUUUUCUAGUCAUGGGUUAUGGAACAACUAUAUUUCACCCUCUAUUAUAUGCAUUUACUAGACAAAAAUUUCAAAAGGUCUUAAAAAGUAAAAUGAAAAAGCGAGUUGUUUCCAUAGUAGAAGCUGAUCCCAUGCCUAAUAAUGCUGUAAUACACAACUCUUGGAUAGAUCCUAAAAGAAACAAAAAAAUCACCUUUGAAGAUAGCGAAAUUAGAGAAAAAUGUUUAGUACCUCAGGUUGUCACAGACUAG